AUGUCUAUGCAUAAGCAAGAGUUUCCACUGUUUGAACAGGCUUCUGAGUCUCUGAGAUCACUUCUGAAGAAGUUGCUGAUCAAUGUCAACAUGGAUGAAACAGGGAAAAGAUUAGCUCCUGUCCAAAUUCACAAACAGGAGCUUGAAGAGGUCGCUAUCAAUGGACAAGAUGCCGUUUCAACAGGUGUAAGCCCGUUCUUCCUUACACACAGUUAUCACAUGGAAGUGUUGAAUCUCCUAGAGACCACACAGUUCACACCAGACCCCCGCAGUCCGAUCCAGAUCGCCGACAAUAUAGUAAUGAAGCUCCGAGAUGCCCGUGAUUGGGCAGAGGCCUCCAUGGCAACUGCGAAACAAGAUCAAGAGGAUCAAACCAAUGUCCACCGAGACCCCGCUGAACACUAUAAGAUAGGAGAUCUGGUAUGGUUGAAUCUUAAGAACAUACAAACCACACAUCCAUCUCGUACACUAGAUUACCGCCACGCCAGGUAUAAAGUGAUAGAAGUCCUAGGUAGCCACAACUACCGCCUUGACACAUCACCAGGGAUUCAUGAUGUAUUCCACACAAGCUUGCUCCGCCGCGCCGCCACCGAUCCGUUCCCUUCUCAGCUGACUUCUGACUGGCAGCCACCAGGCAUCAUAGGAGAAGAUAAUGAGCUUGAGUGGGAGAUUGAGGAUAUCCUCGAUGAGAGACCCCGCGGCCGCGGCCGGCAAUAUCUUGUGAAAUGGGGAUCAACCGACCUGGACUCCGAGUUCCGCAUUAUCUGAAACAGCGGCCCUUGACCGAUGAGAACUGCUUCUAGAA